AAAGCUCCAUAGCUGAUUUCACUAUAGUAUUGGUUUUAUGGCUGCCUUUGUCUUUCUAACCUUAUGAAGAUUGGUUCCUCCUACCUGUCUCUUUCUUGUGUAAGUGCCAAAGAUUCUAUUCAUUCCACUGAUUGUGUGUAAAAAGCAGGGAUGUGGGAAACUAACUUGUCAUCCUUCUAAAGUCAUCUUAUACAUAACGAGCUGUGCUAAAGACCCCAGCAAUUUUGAGAGUUUAUAUAAAUAAGAUGUAGUCUCUACACAGUAUAUUCCUGACAUAGUGGAGAGAAUGCGUAUCCUUAAUGUCUUAUUUGCUCAACAGUGUUAAGACUGGAAAUACUGGAUGGGCCCAGGUUGGGGCUGGGGCAAGAACAUGCUUGCUGACCAGAAGAUUUUAAGCCUCCAGGAUUGCUACAGCCUCAUGGUUCAGGAAAGUUCCUGCCUGUGUGGCCCUAAGUGGUGCUUGCAUUGGGAGAAACAGUAUAAAAGGCAGUUACGUACUUCCUGGUCUCAUUUGAGGCUGUUCUUUGAGGGACACAAGGAUUUUCCCCAUGACGCCUGUUCUUUCUCCAGGUUGAGUUGGAGAGGUGACUCUAGCUAUGUACUGCACUAAUUGAAAAUUUCUGUUCAGUUUCAGCCUUUUAUGCUGAGUGUUUUAACAAGAAGAUACAAUUCAAUGCUCAUAUCUGGACCAAGUCAAAAUUCCUUGGCAUGUCGAUUGGGGUGCACAACAUAGGGCAGGGCUGCGUCUCGUGUCUAGAUUAUGAUGAACAUUAUAUUCUCACAUUCCCCAAUGGUUAUGGAAGGUCUAUCCUCACAGUGCCCUGGGUGGAACUAGGCGGAGAAUGCAACAUCAAUUGUUCCAAAACUGGCUAUAGUGCAAAUAUCGUCUUCCACACUAAACCUUUCUAUGGGGGCAAGAAGCACAGAAUUACUGCUGAGAUUUUGUAGGUAUUUUGUUUUUCUGCUUCAGUUCUCUUUUGCUUCUCUGAAAUACUUUUGUCUUGAACUGUAACUUUUAUUAGGAAUUGACUGUUUUAAUGGUUUUUUUUUGUAAACUUGUUUCACAUCCUGUAUGUUCUGUUUCUUCCUAAAAUCCCAUAUCAGAAGGAGACCUAAAAUCUGGGUUCAGAACAGAAGUCAGUCAUUGAUUGAUGGGAUUUCCUUCCUAGGAGCCUGAGAGGAGUCUUCCCAGAUCGCCCAGCUAAUGCAGAUCAUGGAUUCCUGACUCAAUUGAAGCCUGGGCUAGUCUGUACAGUAGACACUAUGAUGAUUCCCACUGUAAUGUCUCCCAAAUCCUCAGUCCUUUUUUCUGUGCCUUUGCUAGGGAAAAACAGUAACCAUCACAUCUUGGCUUGGUUUCGUCUAGAGUCAGAUGAAGACAACUGUGCUUUCUCAGUAACAGUCAGUUGGGUGGAUUCAGAAUCCGCCUGGAAGAGGAAAAUCUGCAGGACUUUUGUCUUUCCUGAGAGGCCUUGUUGGGAACAGUGUUACAGAUGGAAGAUACAUGACUGAUUAACCAGUUUUCCAGGGAAAUAAUUGGGAUGACAUAAUUAGCAUCCAAAAAAAUCUUGAGCGGGAAGGACCAUGAACACAUGAUGAAGUUUACUAAAGAUCAGUGUAAAAUCUAAAAAAUUACUGCAGGGGCG